GAACAAAGCCGAAUGGGUAGUAUCAUCAUUCAAGUUUUGUUUGCCACAGCAGAACAUUAUAACUAACAGUCCCAACAAAAUGUUCAAGCUAUUCUUUGCCCUGGUUGUGUUGGCUGCGGCAGCAUCGGCUGUUGAUGAUUUCUACGCGUAUCCCAGCUACAAAUUCGAGUAUGGAGUGAAGGAUCCCCACACCGGUGACCACAAGAGCCAGUGGGAACAUCGGGACGGAGAUGUCGUCAAGGGAGCCUACACCCUGCACGAGGCCGAUGGAACUGAGCGUGUAGUGGAGUACUCGUCCGACAAGCAUAAUGGCUUCCAGGCUCGUGUAAAGCGUGUGGGUCAUGCUCAUCACCCGGAAGUCUACGGACACCAUGAGACUGGAUAUGGUGGUUCGUAUGGUCAUGGAUUCGGUCAUAGUUAUAGCAAACUUUCUAAGUAUAAUUAAACUAUUAUUUCAAGCUCUCAAUGAAAUCAAAAUAGAACUCUAUGAAAUGCAAACGUGUUGUGUUUAUUUGU